AUGCAGGUCAUCCUUGUGGCUGACGUGCCGGGGCUGGGCAGCGAGGGCACCCUGAAGAACGUGCCCGUCGGCUACUGGCGCAACUACCUCAAGCCGCAGGGGCUGGCGGCAUUUGCGGACUCCAACAUUCUGGACCAGAUCCGGAAGCAACGGGAGGAGGAGGAGCGGGUGCGGAUGGAGGAGAAGGCCAAGGCGCAGGCCAUGGCCACCGCGCUGGCCACCAUUGGCAAGUUUGUGAUCAAGAAGAAGGUGGGGGAGAAGGAGGCCAUCUUUGGCAGCGUGACCACGAGCGAGCUGGUGGAGGCGAUCCGCAUGCAGACGGGGCGCGAGCUGGACAAGAAGGCGGUGACGCUGCCCGAGAUCAAGACGCUGGGCACCUUUGACGCCUCCGUCAAGCUGCACCCAGAGGUGACGGGCUUCUUUAAAGUGGUGGUGCAGAAGGACACCAGCGCAUGA